AUGAGUAAUUGGCAAUCCCCUAACAUCAUGAGUAUGAUGCAGCCAGUCAACAAAAAUAUAGGUGUGACGUUGGAAGAUCGACAGAAAGUGAUCCAGGUGGUGCUCGCCACCUUCACCCGUACCAACUUCCCCGGCGAUCCACCACGAUUGGCCAAGUCUGCAUGCGACUUUGAAGGGUGGAUCAUGAAUCGUGCGGCUAAUAAAGAGGAGUACGGUAAGUUGGUACAUAUGAAACUUGAGCAGAUUAAACAGAAGUUCCAAAACCAGCAGCAGCAGCAGCAGCAACAACAGCAACUUCAAUUCAUGCAACAACAGGCACAGGCACGAGCCCAGCCACAACAACAAGCUCAAGUACAAGCUCGCCAACAACAACAACAACAACUCCGUGAUAUGCCCAACAUGAAUCAACAACAAGUUCCUCCACAAAUACAACAACAGCAACAGAACCAGCAACAGCAACCACCACAACAACAACAUCAAACUAUUGACCAGUUGGUUCGAAGCACGCCUAUUCCACAAGUAGUAUUAGCUAAACUUCCAAACUUACCUCCAGGAAUCACUCGCUGGCAACAAAUAAUGGAACUUAUCCAAAAGAAGAAAAUGCCAGAAGCAUAUUUGCCCAUCAUUAAGGAUAUGUAUAGCGCUCAUACACAAUUGGUUCUACACGAUCAACAAAAAAUGAAUCAAAUGCAAAGAAACGUCACCAAUGAUAGCAACAACACCAUCAGUAGCAGUCCUCCUACGAUGAACCCCACUAAUACCACAUCCACCACCACCAACAAUAACAAUAAUAACAUGAUGAUGAACACAUAUGCCUCUGCUGGGCUUAACAAUUUAACUCCACAACAACGCGAACAAUUGAUGCAAAGACAAUUAAACAAAAGAAAUAUGCAACAACAGCAAAUGCAGCAGCAGCAGCAACAACACCAACCACCAAUGCAACAACAGCAAAGUCCUCAAUUGAUGCAACAAAUCCCAGAUUCUGCCUCUGUACCUCCCAUUCCCCAACAGCAACAACCACCGCAACAACAAAUCAAACAACCUCAAAUCCAAAUAACUCAGCAGGAUUAUGCCAAUUAUUCUGCCAAAGCAUUGAAGAUGUUGCAAGAAAUAGAAGCAAGAGGCCAGCUUAACCAACCGCUUACCCCAGCCAUGAAGGAAAGCUUUGUUAGGAGAUUUAUUAUUCGUCAAAAGCAGAACUUGUUGCAACAACAACAACAACAGCAGCAACAACAACAACAACAACAAGCUCAGAAUCAACAACAUCCACAACAGAUUGCUCAACAACAGCACCCAUCGGUACCUUUACAGCAACCACAGCCUAUGCAACCCAUGCUUCAACAAGGUCAACCACAACAGCUGCAACAACAGCUGCCAAUGUUGACCAAUAUCAAAACUCCCAUGAUGAAACCAAACCAACAAACGCCAAUGAGCAACACCCUUUCGUCUCCAUUGAUGCCCCAACAACGAGGACCAACUGCGCCAGUGGGGCCAACUCCGGUACAAUCUGCACCUACAAGUGGCAUUGCUCCUUUGACUGAAGAAGCUAAACUUCAAUUGAAACAAUUGUUCACUGAGGUGGCUAGUAAAGAGGUUAUGCUUAAGGAUGUAACGAAUAUGCUAACCCCAGAACAAAAGGAACGAGUCCGGACUUUAUUGAAUGAAAUCCAAAUUCAGUUCCCCAACAUUGAUGCCGUGAUUAGCUAUGUCUACGUGUUGACUCGAAAUAUCGAAGUUACUAAACGGUUAAUUCAGAUGAAGUUUACCAUUAAGAAAAUUUUGGAUAAUUUAAGAAGCGGUAUAUAUAUCACCAAUCCAGAAAUGUUGACCAAGCUAAGCAUGCAGCUUGCCAAGUACUUUGGGUAUGUCAGAGAUCAGGUGGCUUUAAGAAAGCAACAACAGGGACAACGGGCACAAGUACAGGCACAGGCACAACAACAGCAACAACAGGCACAGGCACAACAGCGUCAAGUACCACCCCAACAAACACCACUUAUGCAAAACCAGAUGAAUGUUCAGCAGCAGCAACAACAACAACAACAACAACCAGGGCAAUUUAUGGGCCAGAACCAGCAAAUUCCACCUCAGCAGCAGGUGAAUAUGGGUAACAGCAAUAGCUGGAAUGGUGCCGGUGGUCCAGGCGCCAGUGGUCCAGUAAAGACAUUCCCCAUGCAAGGAGCAGUUCCAAGACAAAACAUAAGUGGUAGUCCUCUCAUGCCCCAAGUACCCGUUCCUAUGCAAAUGCCGGUCUCGGUUCCACAACAAACGAUUCCACAACCUCCCCCAUCUGGCGUGCCCAUGCUGCAACAGCAACAGCAACAACAACAACAACAACAGAUCCCAACUCCACAACAAAUGGCAGGCCAACCACUCGCCAAGGCCCGCCAACCAUCUAAAGUUGGUCUUGCAGCAGCAGCAGCUGCUGCCGCAGCGGCCUCACAAGCCAGUACACCAGCCGCAGCCAAGAAGACCGUCGGCGGACAAGGCCGUAAAAAGAAACAAUCGAUAUCGGCAGCACCCACACCGGCAGCUGCAUCAAGUGGCAGCACGGCACCUAUGACAGCGCCUACGCCUACGCCUGGGCUGCUCGCCAAUGCCAUCAAGACGCCCAAUUACAACAUUGCCACGCCCCAAAUACCACAGAGUCAAUCCAAUAAGAACACGCCGGCGGGACAGUCGCCCAAUGUUCGAGCAACCACGAAUAAUACUGUGUCUACGCCCGUUAUUGUUGAUGCCAGUGUUGAUUUGUUUGCUAUGAUUCAGUCUGAUCCGAAAGUUGCCAGACGAAAGGAGUUGUCCAAUAGUGAUCCUGUCAAGUUUUUCUAUGCUUCGUUGGCUAAUUUGUUAGAGUUGGACGAGAAUAUUGUGGAUGGUAGUGCCAAGAAAGGGAGGUCGCCCUUAUCUCCCGUGAUGACUACACUCACCAGUGCAAACGGUAAAGGAUGGACCUGUGAGAUUAAGCCGCAGGCCAUUACUGGUUCUUUCAGACAAGUGGGGUUGAUUCGGGAGUUGGUGGAUGAUGAUGAUAUCAUUGGCCGCUGUGAGGAGUUGGCCUUGGGAGAAGUUGGGGUCAAGCGAGAGUUUGAGUCUGAAGAUUUAGAUAUGUUGUUUACUGAUAAGAAGCCGAGACUUGAUGACCAUAUUAAGGAGGAGAGUAAUGGUGGUCUUAUGGAUGAUUACAAGUAUGUGUAUGAGCCUGUUGGAUUUGAUGAGUGGAAGGAUUUCAUUAUUUCCUCGAUUCAAUAA